AUGUCCGACCUUUCUGCCGACCCAGAGACCGUCCAGGCGAUCAUGGACGCCAUCCAAGCGUCGCCCGAGUUUCAGAUGGCGAACGACUUCAGCGAGUUCCUGACGUCGCCGAUGGAGGACUCCCCCUUCGAGGAGUUCCUUACCACCCCUGCGCUCGGGUCUUCCGACAUGUCUGCCGAGCUACUCACGAGCCCGGCAAUAUUCGAUGCCGAUACUUUCCCCGAUAUGGGGGAGGCUCCUCUCUUUGGAGGCACCGGCUUCGACCUUGGAGCCUUCGACAAGCCUCACACGGUCUCACCUCCAGCUCUCUCUCAGCCCGCGUUGCCCUUCGACGGCAUGUACACGAUGCCCUCGCCAAUGACGCCUGCGCUCGACCCUACAUCCCUCCAACCAUCCCCUCGUUCCAAUCUCCUCCCCACGCCUGGGACGCCAGCUCGUCGUCCUCGCAAGUCCCUGCCCACCGGGACGCGGCGGAACAUCACUCCCGAGUCGCUAGUACCUCUCGACGCCCCCAUCCAACAGCGCAAGUAUGUCACGCCGUCGGCGACUUCACGCAAGGAGGUCCCUACAGCGUGGCUCAAGAAGAAGCGGGCCCGGUCGCAAGCGUUCGGCGAAGAGGAUGAGCUUCAGGAGGAAGUGUCGCUCGACCCGAACGAUGUGGAUGCAAUCGAAGCCAAGCGUCGUCAAAACACCCUCGCGGCUCGUCGGAGCCGGAAGCGCAAGCUGGAGUACCAGCGAGAGCUGGAGACGGCUGUCGAGCGCGAGAGAGAGGAGAAGGAGAUGUGGAGGCAGCGGGCGAUGCUCUACCAGGCGUUGCUAGAGAGUCACGGACAUGAGUUGCCGUCGUUCGAUGCUGCAUGA